CGCCAUGAUUCUUGUGCAGAUGUUUUCAGAGCUCAGACUGAGGAGAUUGCACGCGAAGCUAACGGCCUGAAGCGCUGCACUUAAACCAGUUUCAAUGCACUCAUCGACGUUGUAGAGAUACAAGAGUCUCCAAGAUAACAUUCAAUCUUGGAUUAUGGCGACCAGUGCCGGGGAUGAUGAGUUUGAUGAAUAUGAUAAGCCUGGUGCUGAAAGGUCAAGAAGACGGAGAGGAGAAGAUGAUGACUUGGAAAGUGAUUUGGAGGAGGGAGACUUACUUGAAGAAGAUUGGCUGUCAUCAAAAAAGAACCCCUCAGAGCUGUCAGAUGAGGAGCUAAAUGAUGACCUGUUACAAAGUGAUGAAGAAGACCAAAAUGCAAGUGGUCAGGGUGACGUUGUGAGUUUAAAUGCCACACUGGGUCUGGGCAUGUCUGGGCACCUUCAAGAUGAAGACCCUGAUGGAGGUGGAUACACUGAAUACACCUAUGAAGAGACAGAGGGGGGCCAACCGGGUUUCUCUCAGGGUGAGGAGUAUGAGGGAGAUGAGUACCAAGGAGAAGAUGAAGAGGUGGAAUACACAGGAGACCAGAAUUGUGAUGAAUAUCAAGAUGAAGUGCUGGACCUACAGAUCGACGAGCCACUGGAUGAUGAUUUUCAAGUGGAUGAAUACCCGACUGUGUAUAGGGAAGAGCAGACUGCCCGACAAGAAGUGCCUGAGGAGGAGGAAACUGAGGAGCAGGACCGCUCUCAGGUCAAAGAAUUAGAGGAGGUGGAGAAUGAAAACAAUCCAGAAGCUGAGGCUGAGCUGGACACUGAUGUAAAAGAGGAGUCCGAUGAGGAGGAGGAAGAUGUUGAAGAAUCCGGCCGCCUGCGAUUUAAGACAGAGCGCAAAGAUGACACAGUGGUCAGACUCUCUGAUGCCACCAGUAAAAGAAGGAACAUCCCAGAUACAUUAGAGCUCUCUGAUGAAGCAAAAGCAGAUCUGUGGGAGUUUGAGGAAAAGGAACGUCAGAGGAAGCAGGGCCGUUUUGGAGGACGAGGAAGAGGAGCAGAUGGAGGGAGGGGAGGAAUGGCAGGUAGAGGUGGAAUCAGGGGAAGGGGAGGACGAGGAGUCAGUGGAAGAGGCGAUUUCCCUCUAUUUGGAAUGGGAGGUUUCCGUGGUGUUGGAGGUCGAGGGAUAAUAAAUGAGCAAAGGCCUCCGCUGAUGCAAGUGAACUUGGGAAUGCAGCAGCAACUCAGAAUGACUCCUCCACUUCAGCAUCACCACCAUCAGUCUCGUCUGCCUGGUCCAAGGGGCAGUGGAGGUCCUGGGCUAUUCCCGGAUCCGGGCACUCCAAUUCCUCAGCAGCCGCUGCAGCUGUUGAUGCCACGUCUGGCCCACCAUUCCCCGGGGCCCAGAACACAACAUGACACGCACGUACCACGCUCGUUGAACUCACCGCUGAGGCACUCACAUGCACAUCCCAACCAACACCAGCAGCAUCAACAGCAUCAUCCCAAGAACAUUCACAUCAACCCUCACUUCAGAGGACCUUCCUCCUCAUCUGUGCAAGUUCCCUCAAUGCCUCCUGUGCAGAACCAACCAAGGCCUAACAUCGGUCCACAGAGACCCCCGGCUCCUCCUGAUUUCCAGCAACAUCUCCAAGGGAAUUUUGGCCCACCUCAGCGGCCUCUCCUCCCCCAGGAGCAAUGGAGAGGACCACCGCCACAUCAUCGGGAUCCAGAGCACUUCUUCCCUGGUGAGCCACGUUUUUCGGGCCAGCACAUGUUUGACCAGCCAGGCCCUGCCCCCCUCAUGAAUAACAGUGUUCUUCCGUUAUCAGGGCAAGGCCCUCCAUCUUUCCCCCCACAAGGGGGACACCGAAGUCCUGGAUUUGGCUCUCUGGGGCUUGGGCAGAACCAAGGGCCUCAGGGAGGAGGUAUUUUCCAGAGAGAGCCCCCUCGGCCGGGUUUGGCCCCGCAGCAUGGAGGCCCCCCUGGUCCCCGUGGCUUUGUGGGUCACAGACAGCCCUUCUCGCCCCAACAGCAGGGACCCCCCUUUAGCCCCCAGCACGUGCAGUUUGGUAUGCAGGUACGCCAGAGAGGUCUAAUGCAGCUGCCCCUGCAUCAUGAUCUGCCACUAUCCCAUCAAUCCUUGCACCAGCAGCACCAGCAACACAGACAGGACUUGCCCCUCCAGGGUCUACCUCACUCCCAGCCUCCACCCCAACACCAGCAGCACCAUCAACACCACCCAAGGGACCAACAUCCUAUGGUGCACCUCUCUCAGCCCCACUUCCGCCAGUUGAAUCAAAGACAGAUGCAGUCCCGACCACAGGGCAACCAGCAACGAAACAACCAUGCCAGACCCAAAAUGAUGCCUCCUUCUCCACUGCAGCAGAUUCCCCCUCAACGCAACAGCAACCUCCGUGAGCUGCCCAUCGCCACAAGCAACAAUAACGGCCCGCCAGUGCCUAGUGGGCAAGCAAAGCCUGUUACCAUGGCAACACAGAAUGUUAGACAAGGGCAGGCUGCCCGUGCUGGACCAGCAGGAAGGGGAGGAUCUGUGGCACAAGGGCUGGGAGCUGCCAAAGCACCAGAGCAGCUCAGUGUGCCUGAGAUGAAGAAAGAGUGUCCAGCUGCACAGUCAAACACCACUCCAGAGGACCCAGAUGAAGAUGAGGAGACACGUCAGUACAGACUGAAGAUCGAAGAACAGAAGCGCCUGCGAGAAGAGAUCCUCAAGCGCAAAGAGCAGCGCAGACAGAUGCAGGCUGGUAUGCGCAAAAAAGAACUGAUGGAACGGAUAAGUGGCCAGAACCCAAACCAGACUCCACAAACUCAGAACCCCACACAGUACCCUGCAGCCCAACCCCCACAGCCGGUCCCUUCACUGAUCUCUAACGGUACCCCCCAGAACCCUUCGUCAGGUCUUAGUUCCCCUCAUCCAAAUGUGAAGGCCCAGCUGCAGAACACUAAUCCUCAGGCACAGACUUCAGGCUGGUCUGGGCCGCAGAAGCAACAGAACGCUGGUCCUGAAGCCAGCCAGCAGGGCCAAUGGCAACCACAGCAGAAGAGGACCAUGACCCCACAAAACACUCAAAGACAAGGUGCUGCUCAGACCAGCCCAUCAGAAGUGCCAGUGGGUCAGCCUCAGCCUGGGGGAAAGAGAACAGUGAUGCAAAGAGCGAGCAGUAUAGAAUCACCACAGGUUCCACAGAAAGUGCGAGUAGUUAAGCUUCUAGGAGAGCAGGCAGAUGCCGGUCCCAACACUGGUCCCCCACAGCAGCAGCAACAACCAAUUGGUCGGCCUGUCCCCCAACAGAGACUUGGUCCCAUCAGGAAAGUUACCAUGGCAACUGGUGGUGUACAAAAUCAACAACAGGCUGGCCGUGGCGUGGCAAACCAAAUGAACCGGGUGGUAGUUCGGGGUCGAGCACGUGGCCGUGGUGGGGGGCGUGUGAUGCAGCAGAACCCAAGAGCUCAGGAUUGUCAGAGAAGCACCGUCUGCAUUGAAGGUUUAUCCACCACCACAACCAACAAACAACUCAUGAACCUUCUCAACUCCAUUGGCCCUGUUGAGAUGUUUACAAUGUUGCCGGAGCAGCGGAAGGCCAUUGCCAAGUUUGUGAACCCACAGCAUGCAGUGAGUUUUCAGCACAGCUUUCACAGGCACAUGAUAGAUUUGUCUCACAUCGAUGUUUCCGUUAUUGAUGGCUGAGGAACAAGUCAGUUCAACAGACCAGACGAUGAGAAGUGAGCAAGAAGAGAACGUCUUUUUCUGAAAGACAGACGCACAAUCAGGAGGCUAAAGCUUUGGAAUCUGUGUGGAGAGUGCUGUCGACAAACUCAAGCCACAUGCAUGAAGGAAUCAAAAACAUGCUGGAAAUGGCACAGCAUUGAACUCAUGUCGUGAAUGACUUUGGCAUGAAGUCUCGCUCUUGUUUCUGUACUUUCGUUUAUAUGGAGUAGUCAGUAAUGGUCUAAACCAGCAGGUGAAAAGAGAGACAGAGGUAUGAAACAAGACAUUUGAAUGCCAGUUGAUAAUAGUUGCUCCCAUCCUCUAGCUCUCGAUGUAAUUAGAAAAAAUCUUUUGAAUGGCUGUUUUUGGUAAAAUAGGAAAUCUUGAUUUUAUUUUAUUUAUUUUUUUUGUGGAAUUUCCACAGUCAUUGACUUGAACAAAGUGUUAAGCAGGUGGUUUGGCCUGAUUGAAUAGUAAUGUGUAUGCUGCAGUUGUUUUUGUCCCCUGUAGAGGGCAGCAGAUGCCUUCGGUAUGGAGCUCUGUAUGUUGGGGUAUAGCUAAGGGCAUGUGGACAUCAGAGUGUGAAGCACUGCUUGAUAGAGAUGUUGAAGUGCUGGUAUGGGUUUGGGUUGAGCAUUUUUUCUAGUUAUGUAUUUUUUGGAAGCCACUGUGAUAUUGCAGGGGUCUCUUUUUUUCUAUGACUAUUCAUGAUCUUAAGUUUAUUCAUUGUCCCUUUCACCAUUGUAAUUGUAUUGCAGUUGGGUUUUGUUCUGCAGAGCUGGAGUGGUGGUUCAUGACGUGUGUCUUUGUGCCCUAAAGACAGCUGAAAAACGAUUUGACAAUAAAUGGCUUUUAUACUUUGAUUUUAAGUUUUGGUGCUGGAAUUGCGUAUUUAGAUUAUUUUAAUUGUUGUUAGAAAUGGCUUCUAAGCAAAUAUUAAAGGCAAUCAGAAAGUCUCGCCCUUUAGUAAUACUACUUUUUAACGUGUUUAGUUUUCUUUCCUCCGAGUUCAACCAGUAUUGUGUGUGGAAGAGGAUUGCUGAAUCAUGGCCUGUGUGAUGAUUUUAUUGAUGAAGCUCUGUUUGCUUGUCUAGAGCACUAGAUGCGUUUGUGAAUUGUGAAGAGGUCAGAACUAUCCUGCUUACAACAACAGCUUGGUUAUUUGUUUGUGAAGAAGGUAUUUUGGACUAUUUGUAAUUCUAUGCUUAUAACUCAGUUCAUUGUUUUGAAGUCGGUCAGAUGGGAAUGCAGGUUACUAUGAACUGAGAGCAGUUAGGGAUAAAAUCAGGGUCCAAAUCAGCUGUCAAGUGCCCUUCGAAAAUACGUUAUGUCUAUUUUCCACUUUAUUUUCCCAUUUAUUUUAUAAGUUGUUACCCAAGCUUUUUUUUUUUUUUUUUUACACAAAUCCCAUACAUUUUCAGUCUCCAGUCAAUGUAUUACACUCCCUUUAAAAUGAUUUCAUGGAUUUAAUCAUGAGUGCGUCACACCUCCAAUUGUUGUUAUAUCAUCAUUAUUAUUUAUAUUAAUAAUAAUAAUAGUCCAUCAGUACUGUGCAAGCAUAGUGCUUGGUUAUGUCUAAUUGUACAGCUUAACCUAAACUGUCACGCUAUGGCCCCAGAAAUGAUCUUAGAUCUAGUGCAUUAGUGGUCAUAUUUGUGACUGUAAUGUUAAUCCAACCACUUUACAAAUGAAGUUUUAUAUGCUACGUGUGUAGCAAAAACAAAGCCUUGUUGUAGUAUCUAAAAUAUCUCCGUUCUAGAUAGUAUAACAAAAUCUAAUCAAAAAUUGUUUGGGCCAUUUCAAUAAAAAUAAAAUUUGUCUGUAGGUAUUAACACAUCCAGGUCUGCAAUUUCAAAGGAUUUGGGAGCAACUGUUAUCAGUGGUCACUUUCUUGUAUAUAAUGAAAAAAAAAAUGUGUAUGAAGCUGUCAAGUUUGUUGUUUUCUCAUCUUGAAAUCUUUCCGUGUUUAAAAAUACCUAAGUAGUACGUGACAGGUGAAUUUCUUUUCUCAGUUUGUUUUUAUAUAUAAAUAUAAAACGUAUCCCUUGGUCAUUUUACAACAGUUUUGUUAUUGGAGAACUUAGAGCUUAUUAUUUGAGGAUAUUUUAAAGAUGAAAAAUAAAAGAUGGUCACAUAUAUACCAUGUAAAUACGGGUAUGUGAAGCCAACUGUUUUGAUCACCAUUAACUGUUGUCUGAUGUUGUUCUGUGUUUGGAGAUUCCCUCUUGCAUGUGUUUUUAUUAUUCUGAACACAACUUACUCAUUUGCUCCAACCUCCUGAAUGUUUCUCUGUUUAACCGUAAAAAGUGAUUUUAGGGGAAAAGAUUUUGUUUCCAAUUAAGGUGCAACACUUUCUCUCAAAUCAGGUGAAGUGAAACAUCUGAGGUUUUUUGUGUGUUAUGAUUUUAAUGCUCACUGUGUACACGAGUUUGGGGCCAUUAUGUCUAUGAAGUUCAUUUGUAAAGUUGCUACCCUUCAGCACCUCUUAUUUUAAGAUGCACUUGUAAUUUCCUGAUAUACCAUCUUCUAUUAUAAUAUAGUAGUUGGGAAUGGUUAAUCACAGUA